CAAGAGAGAUGGUAGCAAGUAGCAACAAAAGUCAGGGUUCUCUGAUUCUCUCCCAAGUUCGUCCUGGGACACAAACCGUAGUUCAAAAGGGAGGCCGUGAGCAGCGAUAGAUACGGUGUCAGGGUGGAUAACUCAUAUGUGGUGUCUGACUAGGCUUCACUCUUGAGCUUUGCCACCGUACCAAAUCUCUUCUUAAAUCUUUUCUUAGAUUGCAAUAGUGAAGCAGAAAAACGAUUUUUAUGCUAAAUAUGCGUUGUUUACACAAAUCGAAAAGAGUUUCGUGGGCCUCAGAUUUAGAUCUUUGUCAGGCUGACGCAGUAGAACUCUGCUGCUUAGAAGCAUUCGUUGCCUUUCAUUAUAAAAUUCUAUUCUUUUUUCUGUUUGAAAGGAGACUAAGCGCAAGAUCUCAGCCGCUUCAAACAAGGUCUGGAGACCUACUGAGGGUGAAUGCAAAACUAUUGGAUGAAAAGGUUAGAUUAUUUUUAUCAGAGGAAUGUCCUUCAGAAGUUGGGUUGAAUGCUCAAGAUCACCUCCAAGCGAAGACAUCAUUACUUUUUCAUCCAGGAGGAGCAGGUUCUGAUGACAUUCUACCUCCUGGCUUUGAGGGAACUCAAUCCUCAAGUCAGAUGCAGAUUAAGCUCUCCCAAAUUCCAGUGAUGAAAUGGACCAAUCCACUUGAGAUUGUGCUUAAUCUCACAUGGCAAGUGGUGGCUGGGGAAGAAAGCAAAGAGCUAGAGGAUCAAAAUCAGCGAGAGAUGAAAGUGCUUGAAGCUAUUUAUCCCCGCCCAUCUUCCAUUCCCCCAAACCCCUCUGUCUCAAUGGAUGUUGAAGAUUCCCUUUGCAAUGAUGAUCAUACUGCUUUGAUACCAAUUACGCCAAUUGAAGAUGAAGAUUCCACAGUAGAUGCACCUUCUGGAGUGCCACCUAGUUCACAGCCUCUUUUAUUUGUUGCUGGAGUACCCAAGGGUUUAACUGAUGUAGUAGAAUCUAACGAUGUUGCUGCUGAAGCAUCUGUAACUUUAAACCAUAUCAUGAAGAACAAUGAACAUGGAAAUUCGAUAGACCAUGAAUUGCUAAAUAAAAUUCUCAGCAACCCAGAAGUGAUUGAGAAGUUGGUUAGAGAUUAUGGAAAUACAGAUAACUCUCAACAUACACCCAAUGCUGGGUCAUCCUUGGUGUCUUCACGUCCACCUAUUCCUCUGAAUCAAGCUGAAACAGGUGCACCUUCAUUUGGUGCUUUUUCGGCCAGCCCUUCCUAUCCUGCCCAGAUUGGGGGUGGAGUGGGACCUGUUCCUCCUCAACGGGUCCCUCCGCCUGUAGUUAGUCUUGGAGCACCGCCAGCAAAGGAUGUGAACUACUACAAGAACUUAAUUCAGCAACAUGGUGGAGAAAGACGAGAGACUCCUUACUUGAACAACCUUAGGCAGCCCAUAGGAAACCAGGAAACAACACACAAUUCUAGAUCAAGGGAACCAAAACCCAAGAUAAUGAAGCCUUGUAUCUAUUUCAACAGUUCAAAAGGAUGUCGGAAUGGAGCUAACUGUGCAUACCAGCAUGAUGCGGCAUUUCAGCCCCGGGGUAGUGCUGUGCCAGGCGUACAAAGUUCGAAGAGAGCUAAAAUGGAUAGCGAGAUUACCAAUUGGUUAGACUCUUGAUUUGGCAGGUUGCCGAGCUUUGCUUUUGAUGAGUGGUCAUUUGAGACCGCCAUGAUCAGCUUUCUUCUGAUGUGUACCAUUUUUUUUAAUUGAAAAGUUCCUUGUCCUCCCCUUGAGUGAGAAUAUGCAGGAAUGGCUGUUAUUUCUUGUUUUAAUUGCUGCAACUUAUUGCGGUAUCAAUCAUCUGGCAGUACAUAUAUACAUUCAUAUAUAUAUAUAUAUAUACACGCGCGCGCCCGCGUGUAUUUAUUUAUCAUUUA